AUGAGGAAGUACUCUAAUCACAAAGGUGGGAGAGAAGAGGAACAUGAGAGCAGGAUGAAAGAGAGGGAACAUGACAGCGCCAGUUAUAGCGACAACACGGCCGAUGGUGGCAAAUCUUCACCAGUACCACAGACACCUUUCAUUGGCACCUUACAUCUAUGUUUGCCAGAGGGACAGUGGGAAGCCAUCGCCAUCUCUUUUUGCAGCAAACCUGGUAGUGGGGUACAGGUCCACGUGGAGGUGUCUAAUGAGAGACACAGGGAGCGUGGGAGAACAGCAGGCUCACUCGCUGGAGGGGUCUACACCAAAGGCCAAGACUACAGAGGAGCUGACAUUCUGCAGGCCUGGCUGUGGUGUGUGUCUCUGUGGCCAGUCUGGCUUUCUCAUGCCGUUCCUCUGGACUGCAAAGACGAGACCGGAUCACUCAUCCAAUGCACUUCAAUCUCUCAAGAGAAACUUCUGGAUCGCGUCAUCCAACAUGCAGAGCUCAUCUACCGCGUCUCUGAAGAGUCCUGUACUCUUUUUGAGCAGAUGUUUGUCCCGUACCCUCUGCAUGCUUUGAGGAAUCAGGGAGGAACCAUGUGCCACACCAAACCCUUCCCCAUCCCAGGCUCCAAGAGUGAGAUUCAGCAGAUUUCGGAUAAAUGGCUGCUUCACUCGGUCCUGAUGCUGGUGCAGUCGUGGAUGGAACCCCUGAUCUAUCUGCAAACUACUCUUAAUCGUUACGAUGACGCCCCCGACGCUCUGCUCAACAAGACCAAGUGGGUGUCUGAUAAACUGCUCAGCCUUGAGCAGGGGGUGGUGGUCCUCAUCCGCAAGAUGCUGGAUGAAGGGAUCCUGACGCCGUCCAUCUUCGAGCACACGCUGACCCCAUACGAUGAACCGUCCCCAGAGAUCCCGGAGUCCGUCCUCAGGGACUACAACCUACUCAUCUGCUUCAAGAAAGACGCCCACAAGAUGGAGACCUUCCUCAAGCUACUCAAGUGCCGUCAGAGCAACAAGCUCAGCUGUCUUUCCUACUAAACCUGCAUCUUAUAUCUAAAGAAAAAGCUUUAUUUUGAAGAAUCGAAAGUGUGCGUUGAAUUGGCAGUAGUUACCCUAGUUAGCAAACAUUCAAUGAGAUCCCAUAGUGUGAAAGUCAGAAAAGGGAACAGAUGAAGAUUCACACCGCUCUCACACACAUCUGCACUUUUGAUUUCUUCAUCCACAUAGUCUUUCAAUGUCUCUCCAGGUCUCUGGUGUGUUGACAGGCAUGCUUUUUUUUUCUUGCUUCUUAUAGCGGAGAUGGUUUCACCUUUGUAUUAGUUAGAUGAAAAAGCUCUUGAUACAGAAAUAUGCUAAUGAAGCCACAAAGCAGAUUGUAAAUGUUUCCAGUGUGUGUGUGUGUGUGUGUGUGGUGUGGGUUGAGGGAUUUGUUCUAGGAGAGUAAAAGCUUUACUUUAUGGAUGAACAUGAUGGAAAUUUACAUGAGAUAUGACACAAGAUUAAAAUAUAUAACUACUGGAUGCCCAAUGAAU